CGCGUGCGCAGCUCGUACAGCUGUAGCCAACAACAACAGUGCUGUGUCUGGACGGUGUGCGCUAUCAUUUCCAAGAUGGCGGACCUCCUGGGUUCAAUUUUAAACUCGAUGGAAAAGCCUCCAACAGUCGGCGACCAGGAAAGCCGACGAAAGGCCCGAGAACAAGCAGCCAGAAUCAAGAAGAUGGAGGAAGAUGAAAAGAGGAAAAAAGCAGAGUUCAGGAAAAAGAUGGAGAAGGAGGUGUGUGAUUUCAUCCAGGACAGUUCCCAACAGAAGAGGAAAUACAACCCUAUGGGGAAGAUUGAAAGGAGCAUUCUACAUGAUGUCGCCGAAGUGGCGGGCCUGACCUCGUUUUCUUUUGGGGAGGAUGAGGAGACCCGCUAUGUCAUGCUUUUCAAGAAGGAGUUUGCUCCGUCGGAUGAAGAGCUGGAAGCCUAUCGUAAAGGGGAGGAGUGGGAUCCCCAGCUGGCAGAGCAACGCCGAAGACUAAAGGAACAAGCUGCACUGGAAGAAGCUGCCUCGAGUCAGUCAAAGAAGCCAGAGGCGUGUCCCAACUCCAACUACAGAGACAAGUACAGUCACCUGAUCGGCACCUCAGCCGCCAAGGAUGCGGCCCACACAUUAGAGGCCAACAGGGCAUACGGCUGUGUGCCGGUGGCCAACAAGAGAGACACCCGCUCCAUAGAGGAAGCCAUGAAUGAGAUCAGAGCCAAGAAGCGACAGAAGCGAGAGGACGACACGGGGGCGCACAGCAGCAGCAGCUCCUGAGUGCCCCGCGUUCGGGCUCUUUGCUUGUGUGAGUGCGACAGUAUGCGCGAACACUUUAAAUUCGUUGUAUAAUGCAAUAACCUUGACUUCAGACAUUUAAAAGUAUAACUUAUAUGGCAGUCUCUGACAGAGUGAGUGGUGAGUCUCAGGUGAAUGUGGUCCAGGAGGUGGGUUAGUAUACCUGUUUGUGUACACGUGGAACCUACGCAGUAUGAAAACACCUGAAAUCACCUUUUAGCAUUUUUAAGACACUUUUUGGCAGUGGUUCAUAUUUUUGAUGCAGAUGUGCGUCCAUAGGAGAUAAAUUGUGAGCUGGAGUUUAUUUCAGACUUCAGACUUGGCUACUGAGUUUUGGCAGUGUUCACAAUGUCAUCACAGUUUUUAAAGGAAAACAGGAACAAUGUCUGUCGUCCAGAUUUUAUUCAGUCUUUUUUUUAGUCUGUUUGAGUGGAAGCAUGCCAUUUCCUCCAUCAGAAGAGGAACCCCGUUUAAAAAACACUGUUAUUAUAGGAAUGCAUUACUGAGUCUGUGAUUUUCUUUGUUUUGAUACGUCUGCACUGAUCCUGAAUCAAACUCUAGCCCAUUACUUACAGUAGGCAUCGUACCAGUGAGUGGGAUGACAGAUUACAUGUUGGACUGUGGGUAACCUUCAUUACAUGUCUUUUUUUUUUGUGUGUUUCUCAGCAUCCCAAUGUCUAUUUUAACAUGGUUGCACUGUUUUAUCUGCAGAUGUGUGUAAUAAAUGGAGAACAGUAUUAGACCUUUA